GAGGGAAAUUCGGAAGGAUAGUACAGCACUACAAUUUAUGCCGCGAAAACUUUCCCAAAACCUUCCACGACUCUCCAUACAGCUAGUUUUGAUUAUUUGGACGUUAUUAUAAGGGCGUCGUGAGAGUCAAAUGCUGUCAAACUCAACGGCAGAAAUCUUCGCAGACAGCCCAUUCUCCCUCAUUUGGUGCCUCGCGCUUCAUCUUACUGAUUUUUAAAGACCAUGGCUGCUUUUUCUGACACAGAGGUUCAGUUCUGGAUGGCCAAAGCAGUGAACUGGGGUGAGACAAUAUCAUCUUCAGCCCUUCUGGACACAAGCAGACACCUUAGCUCUCUGAGGAUCUUUCUCCAGCAUGUCCUGCAGGCAUUACAGCAGAUGAGCUCCACUAGUGAGGCACUGCAUACGUUUCCUUUUGUGGGCCAGUUCCUGGGAAGACUUUGUUGGAACCCAUGUGUUAUUGCGGAUGAGAGGAGCCAGAGUCUCCUGCUGCGCUGUUUGAGCUGUCUGUACAGCGCUGAACCUCUGAAUGCUGUUGAACGAAAAGCCAACAUGUGGAUCAAGAAUUUGUUGUGUCAUCUGAUAUCAGAGGAGGAGGGCAGUGUAGCUCAUGCCACAGGAAAACAUGCUGGAUCAGCACCUAAACAAUACUACGAGGAAGCUCUUGAGAAGGUGGUGUCAUUAAUGAUUGAGAAGGUCAUUAAAAGCUUUGACAGUUUGCCAAACUCAUCAGCAAGAUGUUCAUAUGGGAACAUUAACACCAUGUCAAUGGCAUGUGUUCCCUUGGUCACACGUCCUCAGAUGUCACCUCUGAUUAGUGGUCUGUUAAAGCAUUCCAUAUUGUGUGUUUCUUCCUGUCUGAACGAAGAGUUCAUUGAGGCAGUCAACGAGGCCUGGCUCAGGAAAAGGCAUGUGAUAGAUGAAGAGGCUGUGGUGGCCCUGUGGUGUCAUAGCCCCACUUUUUUGGAGGGGGCAGCACUAAAGUUACUGGAAUCUGUCUUGUCUGACCCUGAAACAGUGACACAGAAUUUGGAGAAGCAUGUUAAUGAAUCGUUACUGCCACAAGCUUCAGCCCUUCACUGCCACAUCUUCCUGAUAGUCAAUGAGAUUUACAGAAACUGUGUUUGCAGGAAUGUGCUGAUGGAGAUUGAUGAGAACCUGCCUGUUAAAACCCUCAUUCAGGUUUACACUCUCUGCUUCCUCCAGAGACUGACUGGACAGAAACCAAAGGAUCGUCUACCACACAGAGCCUUCUUCCCAAACGUGAAGCCCAGUUUACUCGGCCCUUUACUGACUCCACCAUCAGAGGUUCCCAGGGAAGCCUGGCUGGAUCAUCUAAGCUGGAUCAGAAGUUUACUGCAGAGCGUGGUGGAGAAUGAGGAGGAGGGAGAUGAUGUCAGGGCUUAUCAGGCUGUCUUUGAGGCAUGGUUCUUGCUGGUGCAGUGUGGGUUCUGGGUAGACACAGCUGCUGAGCUGCUUGUUCUGGCAGCACCUGAGAACUCUGAACCACUUCUCUGGCUUCUGACGUUUUUCCACCACCCCACCAACAGAGGGCACCAGAGAUCCCAACAAACUGUAAGAGAUCUAACUAUGGAACUACAAGCCGUAGCAAGAGAGGCCUGGGCUCAUAUAAGGGUGCUUUUUCUUGCUCAUUCGCCCCCUCCCAGACACUACUGUGCUGUGAAAGAGCUCCUGUCCUCCAACCUUUCAACAAACCUAGUCUUGCAUCUGUUUUUAAACUUUGCCGUCUUCUCCCAUGGACCUGUUAGCAUUACCUUCGAAAUUACUGACAAGGUGCUGAUGGACGCCUGUGUGAAGCGCAGGGCACUGUGGAUUCUUGCCUCAAUAGACUGCAGACUAAACAGAGCUUCCUCGCUGGACAGUAGGGUUCAUUCCAGGAUGAGGACUCUUCAGGACACACUCCUCAGAGCCUGUGCCGAGAGCCUCACGUAAAAACUCUUAGUUUCAGGUGCUUGGGCAAAACUAUUUAAUAGGACUCAAACGCUGGGUGGGACAAAAUGGCAUUUAUAAGAGAAGCCCAGCUGCCGUUUUUAUUUCAAAAGCAGUGGGUGUUCUCUCCAUAAACACAAAAGGGGCCUUCAAACUUGUCUGAGCAAUAAUGUUGUAAGCCAAAUAAAAGGAAUAUAUAUUUAUAUCUGUGUAUUUGGAUGACAUCAAAUGUAAGAAAGUAAAUUUCCAGGGAUGUGACUCCCAUCAGAUUUGCAGUAGUAUUUUGUGUGUUUGGACUCGGUGACUUUGUUGUUUGACUGCACGAUCCGUCUAGCUAACACGCAAUUUGUCUUCGCUCACUGUCCUCCCACACAGUCUUCUGACAGGAGAGCAUGCCUGAGUCCUCACCACAUUAAUGCUCAUAUCUGUGUGUUUGUGUGUGUGUGUACUCACUGGCUCCCAGAUCGGGGCCUCUUGAAUAGUUUAGUCUGCAUACUAUACUUUGUAGACUCCAUCAUCGGUAGUUUCUCAGUGGGUCUGUCUCCCAGUAUGACUGUUUCCUUCUUUCUUUUUCCCUAUCCCACACUUUCUCAAACAUGAGACUCAAAACUGGGUCAUCCUGAAUUUAUUAAAAUAGCUGGAUGAUGUAAAAUGUAAUUGUAGACUGUUGCCUCCACGCCUUAAAGGGAUAGUUCACCAAUUUACUCACCUUCAUGUUGUUCCCAACCUGUAUUAAAAGAUAUUAGGCAGAAUGUUAUCAGGCAAACAUUUAGCCUAAUAGCUUUUGUGUUCCACACAAAAAUGAGGAACAACAUGAGAGUGAGAAAAUAACAGAAUGUAAAAUUUGGGGUGAACUUUCCCUUUAACUACAGCCCCCUAUGUCUGUACAAAAUAACUGAUAGAUUAUGUGGCAUCAUAAAUUUAACAAAUUCUUUGUCUAAUAUGUGUGAAAUUAGCUACAGAUAUGUCCCUCAUUGUCUCUGAAUGUGUGUAAUGUGUGUAGUGGUGUUAAAACACCAACAGUGAGGAUAAGGUUACAUGUUUAGCGUGCAAACAUGCGUCAUCAGCAGAUAUUUCUACCACAAACAUUUUCUUCAUAUCUGAUGAAUUGAAGAGGUGAGAGGGUUCAGAGAUUGCUGACAUCAAACAAAUAUGCAUGAUAAACAAAUUGUACCUGUUGUCUAAUUCAGGUAGUCAAGUUCUCCACUUACACUUAUGAUGGAUUAAUUAAUAGAAUUUACAGAAUAAAUAACAGAAUUUGGAACAUU